ACCCGCCAGACACUCUGGCGACAGCGGGAUCCCGCUUUCUCCGUCGCCGCCGCCGCCACCUGCCCUCCGAUCCGAUCCGACCGCUCUCCGAAAAGAGAGAAGAGAACCCCGAUUCUCUCUCUACUUCGAUCGUGAGCUCUCACGGCACGGUGGCACUCGUGGUUUGGGCCACUGCCACUCCACUCCACCAUAUCCAGAUCCCAGGCGAGGCGCGGCAACCGCUGGGCGGCCAGUCGUGUGUGGAACUCGGCGUCGUUCGGUUGGAUUUUUGCAGUUGGCUCCGGAGCUACAUCGUACACCCAAAGUGAUCCUCGCUUCUGCGCUUGCUCUUUUUCAAAACGAACCGAAAAAAAAACCAAAACGAAACUGCGGCAAAAUCGCACACAUAAAGACACAACACACAACACACAUUAUAUAAACAGAAGAUCUACCCAGAACACACCUUACCUUAAUGCACACACACACCGCCUCACUAUAAAUAGCCCGCGGAAAUCGGUAAAUAAAUAAAAUCGGAAAAUCUGAAAGCGGCAAAGUAAAAGUUCUACGAGGGAAAUCUAAUUGCGACUUUGCAAAAAAGUUUCUUAGUUGCUGCACAAAAAUCGGAUUAUAAUGAGAGAGACACAACGCAAUUAACACACUCACCAGACACACCUUACUACAGUAUCCACCUGAAAGAACAGUUAAUUAACGAAAUCGAACUGCAAAGUGAAAUGCUGGCGAGAUGCGUUUUCUUCGUCACCUGGCUGGCGGUCUUGAUAGCGACUGGAAGGAGUGAUGAUGAUCAGGCGAUGAAGCUACCCGCCUGCGCCGCCAAGCAGGGCGAGUGCGAUGAUAACGAGGGUCCCGUCUGCGGCACCGAUGGCCAGACCUAUCCCACCAGGUGUCACCUGCUGCGGGCUCAAUGUGGAGGUCACCAAGUGAGCCUUAAGUACCAUGAGUCCUGCAAUGCCUGCUUGGAGGCUGUGAAGUAUGCCCGCCGGCAGCAGGCUCGGGAUCCUGAUUACUUUGUUCCUCGCUGUCGCAAGGAUGGCAAUUAUGCGGCCAUGCAGUGCUAUGGCAAGACAGGACCCUGCUGGUGCAGUGACAGCCAGGGCAGACCCAUCGAGGAUACUUCGACGCCCACGCGAAGGGGUAAGCCGCGAUGCCGAGCCUAUCGUCGCAAUCGUCGUCGUCUGGCCUCCCAUCAGAUGGGCUACAGUCCGGAUACCUCUGCUUCGUCCAAGGGCAGCUCGGAGUCGGGAGCUGCUGGCCAUCGGCCUUGCAGCAAAACGGAUCGGGCAAUGUUCAAUGGCAAUCUAAUGAGGAUGCUGCGCAACGAGGCCCAGAACUUCCUGCGGCAGUCAUCGCUAUCGGAUGCUGCCAUUUUGGAGUGGAAGUUUGCCAAGCUGGACACGAAUGGGAAUCAGUUGCUGGAUCGCCAGGAGGUGAAGGAGCUGAAGAAGGUCUUGAAGAGGAAUGUUAAGCCGCGUCGCUGUGGCAGGACCUUUGGCAAAUACUGUGAUGUCACCAAGGAUGAGAACCUUAAUGCUUUGGAGUGGAGUAUUUGUUUUACCAACAAAUUAAACAAUCGUAGUGCCGUUGUUACCCUCCUGGCCAGCAGUGCAGCCACCGCUCCGCCUCAAUCCACCCAUUACCAUGUCCACGGCACAGCCACCAAUUCCAAUGGCAAGCAUCGAGAUCAUACCAACACCAAUAUCAUUGGCAGUGCCACUGGUCAUCAUCCGCACACAUACUCGGAGGAUGUGAGUGGCAGUGAGGAUAACGAGGAUAACUACGAGGAUGGCGGAACGGGCUAUGGCGGCGAGGAGGAUGAGUCGGAUGGAGGGGAUCUGCCCAAUUCACGUAGCCACAUCCCAUCAUUAUAUAGGCAGAAUAGAAUGUAUUUUAAAGCGCAUAUCUUGACAGUGCUGAACUCCAAGCCGGAGACGACGAGCCAGGACACGGAGAGCGAGUCAAACUGCUGGAUGGAUCAAUCAGUGGCGCUGGAAGAGCAGGGGCAUGGUGGCAAGCUUUUUGUGCCUCAGUGUUUGCCUGAUGGUCGCUACCAGCGCGUCCAGUGCUACACCUCCACUUCCUACUGCUGGUGCGUCAACGAGGAUACGGGCAAGAGCAUUCCGGGCACAUCGGUGAAGAACAAGCGACCGCAGUGCGAAGAGGAUGUGGUUGUGCGUCCCAUGAAGGGUUGCACCGAGCCGCGAAAAACCCAGUUCCUGCGGGAGCUAAAGGCUUUUCUCAACACUUCGCUACUGCCCAGCAGCACCACAGUAGCCAAUUCCACCUUGUGGAAGUCGGAGGAUGAAAGGAUUGCCACUUUGAGCUUUGUCUAUCUGGACAAGAACAAGAACAAGUCCUGGGAGCGACGAGAGUGGAAGGUCUUUAGGGAUCUGGUUACGAGUGCCAGCAAUCUACGCAGAUGCGGCAAGAAAAUGCCCAGGUACUGUGACAUCAAUGGCGACAAGAAAAUCUCCCUGGCCGAGUGGCUCAACUGCCUCCAAGCGUCACCACGGGAGAGUGCCACCACUGUGAAGCCAGCGGCACAGUCAAAUGAGACAGCCAGUCCAAAACGCCAGGGAUUUAAUCCGCUGGAGCGAUAUCUGAAAGAUUAAUAACCGGGAAACUCUGCUGCUGUUUACUCACUUACUCAUUAGAUGUCGUUGUGCCAUGACACACACACCACACCCACGCACACACAACAAAAACUAAAGGUGAAUCGAUAGGCUUUGGACUAAGAUAUAGAAAAGAAAUUGGAAACCUAGGAUGACAAGUGAAAGAACUUCCUUUCAAGUUAAAAUUUGUAAUUUGUUUUUUUCAAAGAUCCUCAUUAAAUUAAUUGAUAUAAUUAGGUAAAGCCUGGAUUAUUUCGUAAUUAUAAAAGGAGCCAGGUCCUUUCAGUUUUUUGUCACAGCAAUCGAUUCAUCCUAAACCCACACACCCACACCCACACCCAAAAACACAGACACAUUCCUAGCAUAUAGAUUCUAUGAUUUACAUGUGUAUGUUACUAAUUCUUAAUUAGUGUUGUAAAUAUUAUCGGACAUAAAUGUUUAAGCUUA